CGGUGCACACAAUUCAAUUCAACAUUGCAAAAUAAUUGGUUAAUUAAUUUGUCUAAUUAACUAUCAAGACAAUUGUAGGUGGUUCUGGCGCUAGUGGUUAAUUAGAUGCACAGCAAACCGGACGCAAAAUAAUUACCAAAAGUAUUCAGCAGCGAGAUAACUUGUAAAGAUUUCUAUAUAUCUGAGGUCUGACCAUGGCGCAUGUACAGCAGUUGGAAGGGGCGAAGUAUAUUUGCUGUUGUGGCAGUUUAAAACCAAUUUGUUCAAUCUACUUUUGCCGACAUUGUCUACGUCUUCGAUGUCCGUAUUGUGUCUCGCAUGAAGUAGAUUCUCAUUAUUGUGGAAAUUGCUCUGAAAAUAUGCCGUCGGCGGAAGCGAAACAAAAGAAAAACCGAUGUGGGACUUGCUAUGAUUGUCCAAGUUGUAGACAAACUCUUACUAUUCGGGCAACAACAAUUCAAAUACCUUCGGAGGCAGAUCCGGCUAAAUUGGCAGUCCAGAAGUUGUACUAUCUUGCGUGUGGAUUUUGUCGCUGGACUUCUCGUGACGCAGGUCUGCCAGAUUCGCCAAGCACAUCAGGAACUUGGCAGGAACCAGAGUCCCCUUUUUCAAAGGAAAUUGUGCACAUGCAUGACUAUCUGAGAGUGUUGGCCUUACGGGAGAAGAAUUCGAAAGAGAAGAAAUUUGUGCAUAAAAGCAAAUAUUUGGCUGCGGGACGCCAUGGACUAGCACAUCUCCUCCCGAAGAGAUAUCCAAUCUCUACUCCGGACGAAAUGUAUAAGCCAAUUCCUCCUCCUGAAUAUGUAGCACCCACGAAAGGAGACGAUGAAUUUCAGGAACUUUCGGACAAGUUUUUUGAAGAGGAAAUAAAUGUUCCGAAAGUAACAAGUUUGGAGCAACGUUUGCAUCAAUUGGAAACACAACCACACGAAACUUCCGCACUUUUACCGACUCAUAAGCAGCUACUUAUUAAAAGAUCGUUGCGAUGUCGUGUUUGUGAAAGAAAUAUUAGCAAACCUGAAUAUUCUCCUGUAUCUGUCAAGUUUAAAAUUCAACUGAAUGCCUUCUACCACGUCGUUCAAGUCCGAAUGGCUGCCCCACUAUCACAACCAUUAAAUCCUGGAGGGACAGCUACUAUUUUAUUAAAACUGUCAAAUCCAACCCAAUUUCCAACUUCGAUUAAAUUUCUCCCAUUUGCAUUCGUGCCUUUAAGCAAGGAUGACUUAUCGUCACAAAUGGGCGCUCUGGAUGUAAAAGUUGACCCAGCAAGAGAAUCAUCAACGGAUGUCUCACUCCCAUCAAAUAUUAGCAGUCCUUCGACAUCCAUUACAAUCAUAGCCAGCCCAUCGCAUGGGGGACGUUCUGCUCUUCCGAGUGAGAGUUCAUCAUCAUCUCAAAUGAUGAAGGAAGUUCACGUCCUCCCGAUAAGGAAUGAAAAAUUUGUCAAUAACUGCAGACUCGUUGUCGUACCGGAGGCGGAAGUAGUGUUGCCCCCGAAGGAUGAGACAUCUGACUUUGUCGACGACUACGCCGACACUCCAGACUUUAACGAUGACCCGAAACUCGUCCCGUGGCGAAAAGCUAAUAAGGCAACGGUCUGUCUGGACAUUGUACGAGACCAGAAUUCCAACCCGGAAGAAGAACCCGUUCUCGGCAUUACUAUCGAGUAUGAUUACGUUAAUACCAUAGUUGCUCUUGAAAACAAGUCUUCCCCUGGACCCCAAAAGGUCCGCCUUCAGACCCACGUACUUAUUUCCUUAAACACGGGGUACAUUCAAUAGGAAGUAUUAUUUUGAUGUUAAAAAUAUCUGUAAAUUUAAUUAUUUGGUUGUUUUGCUAUCUAAUGUAAUUUUGUCCAUACAUAACAUAAUUUUGUUAAAGAUUAGAUAACGCUACUACCCAAUAAACUUUGACCAAUCGGUGGUAUAGCAAAUA